CCUGGUCAGGGGUCCGGUCGCCGAGGCUCGGGCAGGCGGAGUUUGCGCGAGCCUGGCGGCGGGGUGCCCAGACGCACAGUCGAAAGUCGGGCUCGCGUCGGCCCCGGGUAUGUAGAGCGGCCCUCCCUGCCCGCUCCGCGUUCGCCUCCGGGGGGGCUUGGGCCGAAGGCUCCGUCCGGGGCUCAGGACCGCCUCGCCCACCGGGCCAGAGGCGCCGAGGAAGCGCGCCGUCCUGUGACCCCGUAGAAGGCGGAGGAGUGGCGGGGCUGUGGGUCAGCUCCGGGCUGCCCGGACGCACGCCGUGGUUGGGGGGCGGAGGGGCCCGUGUGGGGCUAGGUCGGCCCGCCGGCCCGCGCUCAGGGCUUCGUUCUCUCCGUGCCAGCUCUGCCGUGUCCCGGUCCCGUCGUCCCCGCGCCGGCCGCGAGCCAUGCCUCAGGGGUCAGUGACUUUCAGAGAUGUGGCCAUUGACUUCUCCCAGGAGGAGUGGGAAUGGCUCCAGCCUGCUCAGAGGGAUCUGUACAGACAUGUGAUGUUGGAGAACUACGGCCACCUGGUCUCACUGGGUCUUAACAUUUCUAAGCCAUAUGUUGUUUCCUUACUGGAGCAAGGGAGAGACCCCUGGCUGGAGAAAGGAGAUGUGAGAAGAGAUCUGUUUUCAGAGUCAAAGGGUGAGAUCAAAGAGUUUUCUCCAAAUGUCAUAUAUGAAGAUGGCCCGUCCCAGUAUUUGGUAGUGGAAAGAAUCCUAAACCAAGACCCUGAAUAUUCCAGUUUUAAAGGAGGCUGGAAGUGUGAGGAGGACACUCAGAUGCAAGGAAAUCAGGGAUGUAUCCGGCAAGUGUCAGCCUCUCAUCAAGGAGCACUGUCGCAGCGCAUGAGUAUCAGUACCGGGGAGAGGCCCUAUGGAUGUCAUGAAUGUGGAAAAACCUUCAGUCGGCGCUUUUCCCUUGUGUUACACCAGAGAACUCAUACUGGAGAGAAACCAUACAUAUGUUCAGAAUGUGGUAAAACCUUUAGCCAGAUCUCCAACCUUGUGAAACAUCAGAUGAUACAUACUGGAAAGAAACCCCACGAGUGUAAGGACUGUAACAAAACAUUCAGUUACCUCUCAUUCCUUAUUGAACACCGGAGAACACAUACUGGGGAGAAACCUUACGAAUGUACGGAAUGUGGAAAGGCCUUUAGCCGUGCCUCAAACCUCACACGACAUCAGAGAAUUCAUAUAGGAAAGAAACAGUAUAUUUGUAGAAAAUGUGGGAAAGCCUUUAGCAGUGGCUCAGAACUUAUUCGCCACCAGAUCACACAUACCGGAGAGAAGCCUUACGAAUGCAUUGAAUGUGGGAAGGCGUUUCGCCGUUCCUCACACCUUACGCGGCAUCAGAGCACCCAUACUACCAAAACCCCCUAUGAGUGUAAUGAGUGUAGGAAAGCCUUCCGCUGCCACUCAUUCCUUAUUAAACACCAGAGAAUUCAUGCUGGAGAGAAGCUCUAUGAGUGUGACGAAUGUGGUAAGGUUUUCACGUGGCAUGCAUCCCUCAUGCAACAUAUGAAAAUUCAUACUGGAGAAAAGCCGUAUGCAUGUACUGAGUGUGAUAAAACCUUCAGUCGGAGCUUCUCCCUCAUUCUGCAUCAGAUAACUCACACUGGGGAGAAACCCUAUGUAUGUAAGGUAUGCAAUAAGUCCUUCAGCUGGAGCUCAAACCUGGCCAAACAUCAGAGAACACACAGCCUAGAGAACCCCUAUGAGUAUGAGAAUUCGUUCAGUUACCACUCAUUCCUUACUGCGCACAACGGGAUUCGCACUACAGAGAAAACCUAACAAUGUACGGAUUCAAAACAAAAGCAGAAACAGUUAAUGCCUUACUUUGACUUCAGAGGAUUCCUGGAAAGAAGCCUUAAGUGAAUAUGUUGAAUGUGAAGAAGGUGGGUUAUACUUGAUUCAACAUCCUGGAAAGUAGGAGCCCAGGAAUGUGUUGGAAAGCCAUGAGCACGUUCUUUUUGUAACAUCAGAAGAUGAAAUCAGUACUGAGAAGACUUAUCUGGUACGAUUCCCUCACUUGACAUUUGUAAAUUCCUACCAGGGAAGGACACAUGGCCAAUAAAUGUGAGGAAGCUUUUAUUGAGAAAUUGGCCCCAACUCUGCAUCUGUCAGCCCAAACAGGACAGAGCGUGUGGGCAAGAGUCGUUUUCCUUUUUCCCGGACAUCAGAAAAUUCAUAAUGAAGCAAAGUCAUGCAAAUGCAGCGAUUUGGCGAUGUUUUUAUGUACCAUGCAAUAUUUAUUAAGUCUGAAAAUACUCUCAAGAGAAAAAGCAACCCUAUAAAUGAACUGAAUAGAGGGUGACUUUCUGCUUUAUUUCAGAACUGCAGAAUUAUACCGGGGAGAAACCUGUCAUAAGGAGUUUGGCAAGAUCUUGAGUUCUGAGAAGUCCUACUAGAGGGAGUUGGGGAGGUUUUUUGGGGGCGCAGGUAUUUUUGUUUUAAAGCAAACUCAGACAAGAAAGCUAUGAAUAAAUAUUUGGUUUUUAGUUAAUUAAUCUGGUACUUGCAGAGUUUUUUUCCAUAGCAUGUAUCAUUCUGAAAAUGCAAAUACCACAGUAUUGACAUCAGCAGUGAAGACUAGUGUGCAUUGGUAGAAACGUACAUGAUCACAGAAACAUUUUUCAUAUCUUAAUGCUUUAACUUUGAGAUAGAGUGUAGAUUUAAGGUUAUGCUCACUCAUGUUUAUCCUUGAAUGUAACUAGACCUGUCUUAGCUUGAAGUAAAUGUACAUGAGGUAUGUUGCAGGAAAUGCCAAGGUGGUUUUCCUCUUUUGAUCCACUUAUAGUGGGAACAUUACUUUUGUAAGCACAUAUUUGUCAAAAUAAACCAGAUGAUGUUUUUACUCUCCAUGUACACCUUGCCCAUUUUUUAAUGUCCCAGUUAAAGGUGUAUCUUAUCUUGGAAGCAUCUGCCUCCUUUUAAGGACUGAGCUUGCAUUUAGGAUGGGUUAUAUGCAGUUUGGUACUUGAGUAAGUGCCUCAUUUAAGUAUAUUUUAAGUAUGGGUGAAUCUUUCACCAAGUGAGAGGCUGGCAACCGUCUUUCAUUCUGACUGUGAUGUAACACAUAGCCGUUCCCUGGUAAUUUUCUCAACACCUCAGUCUCUGCCAGAACAGUUCCAUUGUACACAUCCUUCCUUUCCUUUGGAGUAGUAGGUAUUACUUUUCCUAGCCGCAUGUGGGGGGUCUUUUUUGGAUAAAA